AAUCUCUGGCUAUCAUAUGAAACGGCGGAUAUGGAUACGAGCGAUAUUUACACGCUAUUACUGCAGGGUGAUACCAGUUGUCCAGCCCCAACUGACCAAGACGAUUCGGAAGAUCCAUCAACGUGCCCCUCUUAUCUCGUGAAAGAAGUGGACCCAACGAGAAUCCCGUCUGCCAUUGUGCACGCGCGCUGUCGAUGUGAGAAUUGUCAAAUAUCGGGACUGCGGAGUAGGCGCAGACAUCAGUACGCAUGCGAGCCAGUGUACCGCUUCCUUCCGGUCCUCAAGAGACAAAGCACGUGCAUCGAUGGAGAGUAUCAAUACGCCUUAGUCCAUCAGAGAGUGGCCGUGUCGUGUCACUGUGUGAGGAGUAGAAAUAAUCGCGCCAAAUUGUCGACCAGUUUUAAAUCUCCUGAAAACUUUAUGUAG